GUAAAAGGCCAAUCACAGCGGCCUUUUACCACGUGAUCAGCCGUGUCCAAUGACACGCUGUUCACCGGGAAAUGCAAAUGCCGGUUCUCGGCUACACUUUCCUCACGCUGUCAGAGCGUGAGGAAAGUGCUGCCGAAAACCGGCAGUUGUCAGAGCGGGGAUCGGCACCGAUCAUCAGGAUCACUGAUCAUCAGUGCCCUGAUGAUCGGUGCCCAGCAGUGCCACACACAAGUUCCGCCCACCUGUGCCCAGCAGUGCGCUCACCUGUGCCCAGCAAUGCACCCACCUGUGCCCAGCAGUGCCACCCACCUGUGCCCACCCACCUGUGCCCAGUACAGUGCUUCCAGUAAGUGCCACCAGUCAGUGCCCAGCGGUUGUGCCAGUCAGUGCCGCCAGUCAGUGCCCAGCAGUGAUGUCAGUGCCACCUAUCAGUGCUGUCUAUCAGUACCCAUUAUCAGUGUCACCUAUCAGUGCCACUAAUCAGUGCCGCAUAUCAGUGCCACCUAUCCGUGCCACCUCAUUAGUGCUGCCUAUCAGUGCCGCCUAUCAGUGCCCUUCAGUGCUGCCUAUCAGUGCCCAUCAGUGCCGCCUAUCAGUGCCCAUCAGUG